ACUGUUGAGACUCCUCGUCUGCUAAGGGUUCACAUUGGAGCAAGACCUGAUCACAUGGUGCUGAGACACUUGGGUUGGAUCCUUAAAAAGUGUUUGCCUUGCGGAAAUAGAGGUGAUAGUGUGUGUCCUGUGUGCUGACCUCAUGGUGUAAGCAGAUGUGAAGAUGAGUAUUAGCAGCGAUGAGGUCAACUUCCUGGUGUAUAGAUACCUGCAGGAGUCGGGGUUUUCCCACUCGGCCUUCACAUUCGGCAUUGAGAGCCACAUCAGUCAGUCUAACAUCAACGGCGCCCUAGUGCCCCCUGCUGCCCUGAUCUCCAUCAUCCAGAAGGGCCUGCAGUACGUGGAGGCUGAAGUCAGCAUCAAUGAGGACGGCACGCUGUUCGAUGGGCGACCGAUUGAGUCUUUGUCAUUGAUUGACGCGGUGAUGCCAGAUGUCGUACAGACCCGGCAGCAGGCGUACCGAGACAAACUCGCCCAGCAACAGGCCGCCACAGCGCCCUCGGCAACCAGCACCAACAUGCAGGGUAACACCAAAAACGGAGAAAACACCGCAAACGGAGAGGAGAACGGUGCUCACGCCUUACCUAAUAACCAUGCAGACAUGAUGGACGUGGACGUGGAUGUGGAGAUCCCUCAGAAUAAAGCCAUGGUGCUGAGGGGUCACGAGUCGGAGGUCUUCAUCUGCGCCUGGAACCCCGUCAGUGACCUGCUCGCCUCCGGCUCUGGAGACUCAACGGCACGCAUCUGGAAUCUGAGUGAGAACAGCAGUAGUAGCUCUACACAGCUCGUCCUCAGGCACUGCAUACGGGAAGGUGGCCAAGACGUGCCCAGCAACAAAGACGUCACAUCGUUAGACUGGAACAGUGAAGGCACACUAUUAGCCACAGGCUCAUAUGACGGCUUUGCAAGAAUAUGGACUAAAGAUGGUAAUCUGGCCAGUACCUUGGGUCAACAUAAAGGUCCAAUAUUCGCAUUAAAAUGGAACAAAAAAGGAAACUUUAUCCUAAGCGCUGGUGUUGAUAAGACAACAAUCAUUUGGGAUGCUCACACAGGGGAAGCCAAACAGCAGUUCCCGUUUCAUUCAGCACCCGCUCUAGACGUGGACUGGCAGAGUAACAACACGUUUGCUUCCUGUAGCACAGACAUGUGCAUCCACGUGUGCAAACUAGGCCAGGACCGACCCAUUAAGACAUUCCAAGGACACACAAAUGAAGUUAACGCAAUCAAAUGGGAUCCAACUGGUAACCUGCUGGCGUCGUGUUCUGAUGAUAUGACUCUUAAGAUCUGGAGUAUGAAACAGGACACUUGUGUUCAUGAUUUGCAAGCUCAUAGCAAGGAAAUCUAUACUAUCAAAUGGAGUCCCACAGGUCCAGGAACCAACAACCCCAAUGCCAAUCUACUGCUGGCCAGUGCUUCCUUUGACUCCACUGUUCGGCUUUGGGAUGUAGAUCGAGGCAUCUGCAUUCACACACUAACCAAACACCAGGAGCCCGUGUACAGCGUGGCCUUCAGCCCUGACGGACGCCAUCUAGCCAGCGGCUCUUUUGACAAAUGUGUCCACAUCUGGAACACACAGACUGGUGCUUUAGUCCAUAGCUACAGGGGGACAGGGGGCAUUUUUGAAGUUUGCUGGAAUGCAGCAGGGGACAAAGUAGGAGCAAGUGCGUCGGAUGGCUCUGUUUGUGUAUUAGAUCUGCGGAAAUAGCGCUGCUUGCUGGAAGCCAUGGACCGACUAUGAAUGUGUACAUAGCCAAAAUGACUGUCCCUGACCCUCAAACUGCUACAGUCCCUAGUGAACCAUGGCCAGCCACUACAGACAAACAAACACAAGCACCCUGACGCCACAGGCUGAGCGGAGAGGAUGUGAUUCCAACCAGAGACAUUCAAAUGACUUUUGUAAGGUGGGGGAAAAAAAAACAAUAUAACAGAGGAAGAAGACAGACAAGAGGAUUGGUAUAUGUACCAAAUUUGGAAGAUAUUUUACUAUUUGUUCUUCAAAAUCUCAUCAAAAUAAACGAACGAAAGGAUUUUAAUCUUUGUUGGUAGUUUCCGUUUCAGUGUGCAGACAUAUCGUUUUCUUUGACCCUCCCCCUCCCUCUUUCUUUUGCACAUUUGAUUUGACGUCACAGCUGCAUGAUUCCAGGACUCAUGUUUUCCUCCAUUUGACACAAGUACAGAUUUUUAGUCUUUUUGGUACUGGAUGUUUUGUGAUUUCAACAGUGUGGGGACAUGAGAAAAAAAAAUGCAAUCUUUUUCUUGUUCUUCGGUUUUAGUUUUUAUGCUAUGGUGUAACUGUAAUCUCCCCUUCCCCCCUUGUACCCUGUUUCUCCCCUAAAUGAGAGGUACAUUAACCACAAAAAAAAAAAAAAGGCACGCACAUCUACAGGAAAUGCAUUUGUUUGCUCAUACUACUGUAUUUAGUUGGUAGAUGUUCCCCUUAAAAUCAACACAUACAAUUCUGUUCCUCAGUUCGAGAUGUGGCGUUUGAGCUACUGAGGACCGUUUGACAUACAUGUAGAUUGAAAACAGAAAGACUUGCUUUAGGUUUGCAAUAUUUUGAGUGAAACCCAUCAGCUUAUUUUUCAUACUUUUGUACUUAGUUUUAAUAAUUGGAUUAUUUAUGCAAUUCAUUUUGUCUUUCAGUUCCAGCCGUUAAAAAAUCUAUUACACAGUACGUUAAAAAUAAAAUUGCGGCAUGUUUUUGUUGGAGAACCCAAAGCCUAAAGCAAGUCUGUUGCACAGAACAUUGAACAAAUAUCUGAAAGACAUCAUUUUGAUGCUUUUGAAAAUAAAAUGUCAUUUUUGGGAUUCUCUGCACUGUCAUGUAAUGAGAUGCUGAUGUUCAUUUACAGUAAUCGGCUGCAUGAGGAGAGUCUAUAAUAAUGUGCUUUGGUUUUUCUCAGUGUUUAGACAGUGAAGCUUUUCAAUGCCUCGACCAUCAAGGGGGAAAAAAAGUCAGACCCCAAGAAUACAAAGUUCUCUGUUCCGUGAUAGAGGCUCUGAAUCUCUGUUUUAGUCCCUCACAAAGAUAUUUUUAAACAAGGGUGUUGUAUUUUGAGGUGUGUAAAACCCAUCUGAACACUAUUUAUUACAGCCUACGACAACAGAAGGGUGUUUGAGUCUCCCCUUUGCUCUUCUCUGUAAUCGCCCCAGCGUCUGCCUGCCCACAGCAACCUUCAGUUCUUCAGCGUCAUUUCUAAUUAUUCUUACUGCAUCGGUGGCUCCUGGACUUUUUGUAUUCUUUUAAAACUUUUGUAAUUCAUAUUUCUUUGUAGCUAUAAAAAAAGACUAAAGAAAUAAGCAAAAAAGAGAGAGAGAAAAAGAAAAGAAAACCCCAACAAACUACUGGAGGUCGGUUUGAGGGUGUACAGCUUAGACCUCAGUUUUGCUCACUCUGAGUUCUCAGAUGUCCCCACACCUGAUCUUUGUUUCCCCAGUCAAAUGUUUUUGGUUGCAAAAAUUCCCCCUGCAUUGCAUUGAUCUGUUGUCAUUUGAAUCAGAUCUGGAGUCCAAAAUAAAGUAUAUUUUGAUAUUA